GGAGAGCGAGGGGAUCCUGCGGACUGUUUCCGUAGAGUGUUGAGACCGAGGGAUUAAUCCUAUAUACUUCACCCUCACCUCCAUCCCUCCCACCCCGAAUCUUCACCUCCAGGUGGCACCCUGAACCUUUGUGUUGCCCCUAAGCAGGACAAGAGAAGAAGCUCAUGGAUGAGAAAUGUAAUAAGGACCAACUGAUGCCAGAGACUACUUUGGGAGCAGAGACACACAAACUUCAGGCGGGGAUUCUAUGGAGACGGAAGCUUCAGGAGCUCUGCUCCCUGAAAGAAGAACAGAAGAGGCUGAAACGGAGAAAGGAGGAACUACAGCAAAUCCAGACAGAACAACGUGUCCCCGAAAAGGAGGAGGUCCCCUUCCCAGUGCCUCAGGUCGUACUAGUGUUCAAAGGAAAGACAAAGGUGGAAAAGGAAGUGCUUGAGACCCUGGUUUCUGAUCUCCGUGUCCAUUAUCCACUGCCUGCAAGUUCAGCUUUGGUUAGCUUUGAGGAUCCUGAAGUGCCAAAAGGUCUCCUAAAGAGCCGAGAACAUAAUAUCAUCUUGGAGGAAUGCCGGCUUCCUGUCCGCAUCCAGCCCUUGGAGUUGCCUAUUCCCACUGCCAUCAAGGUGCUGACUUGGUUAUGCAGCCAAAAGGUGCUGGUCACUGGGGUGCCCCCUGCCCUGAAGCUGAGUGAAGAGUAUCUAUUGGACAAGUUAGAACUUUUCUUCUGCAAACCCUCCAAUGGAGGUGGUGAGGUGAAGACCAGGGAGCUGCUACCUGGGGCUGCUGUUCUGGGCUUUACUGAUGACAAAGUGGCUCAGCGCCUGGCUGAGAUCUGCCAUUUCAUGGUGCCCUUCGGUGGUCUGGACGUUCCUUUGAGAGUCUUUCCUUAUGUUGACGGGAAGAUCCAGGAGAUAGAGAUAAGUCCUAGCUCAGUCCCCAACUCGGUGCUGGUGCUUAACAUCCCAGACGUCCUUGAUGGUCCAGACCUCCAGGAUAUCCUCGAAAUCCAUUUCCAAAAGCCAACUCGAGGUGGGGGUGAGGUGGAAGCCUUGAUGUUGGUAGCCCCGGGGACCCAGGGCCUGGCCCUUUUCACCCCCAUGUCAGGUUAGCCAGCCGCACAAGCUCCCCAGGCUGCUGCUUCCUGUACCUCACUAUGCCAGAUUUUCUGUCUGUAUUUAAGGGAGAAGGCUUCGUUCCCUUCUCUCCAGCCUUUCCCCAUUUAAAACAUUAAGCCCCCUUUGGGCCAUGGAACAUAUGACCUGACACUGCUACGUUUUCACAGUACUGUACUCAAAUGUGAUUGUGGGGGAGCAGGGGGAGGGAGAAAGUGAGCUUCCAUCUUUCAUCUCUCUUUGUAUCCCCAGCAUUUAGUAUGGUGCCUGGCACAUGGUUGGUGCUUAAUAAAUGCUUUUGAUGGACUAUAUGAGUAGCAAAAUAAUUGCAGCUUCCUCCA